ACGAAAUUGCUUUAAGAUUCAAAACGAAAAACAUUUUUCGGGAUUUUGCUUUGAUAUAUAAGACAGUUCUCCGGGUCUGCGUUUUAUUUAAAUUUAAAACACGUAUUUCUGAAUUUAUAACCCUGUCAAUUCCUCUAAGAGACUGAGCGUAUUUCUGCAUUGACUAUUUAUAAAGAUGUUAACAGCCAGGAACAGAAAGUUACAAAGUGAAUGGAACUGUUGUGACGCGUGCGUGGAGUUUUAGCAACUCAAUACUCGAUCCAGUUACAAAAAAAAGAGUGAUUUGUUCUAAUUACACAAAAAUGGAAAACAAGCCAAUGAAGACAUUGAUUUUUGACUUUUUGGAAAACACUACCAUUCACGGACUGGGGCGAUUGCCCGCCACCAGAUUCUGGGUUCAGAAGAUACUCUAGGUACUAGCCUUUAUGACGUCGGUGGCGACCGUACGUCACACACUUUGUAUCAACAACUAAUUUCGGAGUCAACAUAACCAUCAAAUCAACAAAGGCUGACGAAAAAACCCAAAUCAUCAUGUUUCAGCCAUUGAAGAUGUUUAUGGAAUACACCUCAGUGCAUGGUCUCGGACGCAUCGCUACUGUGAAACAUAUAAUACACAAACUGUUGUGGACCGUCCUCUUUCUUGCCUCUCUCGGGAUGUGUAUAUACCAGGUUACUCGUUUGGGACAGCAAUUCGUAUCUAACCCGAUCAGCACCACCAUUUCACUUAAAUAUGAACCUCAGAAGUUCCCGUCUGUCUCCAUAUGUAACCUCAACCCUGCAAAGUUUUCCAAAAUUGUUGGGAUCCGGGAAUUGCACCACAUACUGCAGGAAUCUUCCGAUCACGGAACUAUAUCAUUGGACAAAUUUAGAAGCUUAAGCGGACUGACAUUUCCGCUGCCGAAUUUCACAUAUACAGCAGACGAAAACUUCAAUCUCAAUCAAUACGACCAUCCCCUCGGCAUGGCGAAGAAGCUGUUUGAAGCUCGUUUGGCGAACAUGCCCAUUGAAAAUCUAACUGCCCUUAACGACGUGUUCGAGUUUUUCAUAAUGGACUGCAAAUAUAGAGGAAUAAACUGUUACAAGCAGUAUGUAAUUUGGUCAUUUUCCCCUUAG